AUGGAUGUCGUUCACUCAGAAAAUCUUUUUCCUGCAGAAGAGAAGGCAAAGAGGAGGAGCCUCUCCAGCACCUUCAGGGAAGAGUGCACUACUGUCUCUGAGGAAGACGUCCUCUUCGCUGGCGAGGGACGCGACGACUGCCUCGAGACGCCCGAACGAGAGGAGGCUCUCCCAUUUGAGCAGAGAGACGAAAACAAAGAGAAUAACUGUCAAGAUGGAGAGAACAACUGUCAAAGUAACUACCAAGACAACUGUCAAAGCGGCUCAGGUCUCGCCGCUCCACCGGACUCGCCGACGCUCUCUGGCGCCCAGCCGGUAGGCAUCCCGGAGCUUGCGAAGCCGCAGAAGCAAACACGGCUCUCUAACUUUUUCUCAUUCGUGGUCAAGCCUGCUGCGCCCACCCAGCCAAGUGCGGGUGGCGCGAAAGCGGAGAAGGAGAAACCUGGAAGCUCUCAGGAGAAACGCACCAAGAAGAUAGACGCUAGCAAAGCCGCGCAGAACAAACUCCCCUUCAUCGCCGAGCAGGCAGCCAGGAGAGAAGCUGUUGAGGCAUCGACGCCGCCCUCCACUUCGUCCGUUCCCUGUGCUUCCGCGCCGUCCGCUCUCGUUCUUCUGCCUCUCUGUGCUUCUCACACGCCUGCAGCGGAAUCUUUUGUAUCUCCCUCGUCUUCGUUCGUCUCCGCGGAGGCCUGCGCGGCGGCGGACGCCGGCGGGAAGACAGGGAGAGGCGACGCAGCUUUGCGCUCGGAUGAGGUUUCUGAGGGUCAGCCAUCCAGUUGUGUGGGCAGCGCCGAAGCUCAAGAGACAGACACGCUAGAGGUGUCAGCUGCAGAGGCGACAGACGAAGCGGAGCGACCCGCUGCGAGAGAAGAGCGCGGCUCACGGGGCGAACUCGAAGGGACUGCGGUAGGGGCUGAGCUGCCCACCGAGCGAGGAGAGAGAAGAGAGGAGAGAACGCAGCUCGAGGCGACGCAACACACACGCGGUCGAGAGGGGGCGGACGACUGUGGCGCAGAGGGCUACGAACAGACUCCACCGAGUCUUUCUGCGGAACGGGCUGCGUCAGAUCCGGACGAGGCCCUCAUGCACGCUUCGCCUGCGAGGCGCACGUCGCUUCGGCUAGCGGCUUCCGCGGUGCCUGCGUCUCCAUCCACGGCGCCCGUGUCUCCCACUCCUCCCUGUGCUGCUUCAGCCUCGCCGGCCUCGCCGUCUUCGCUGUCUUCGUCUCGGUGUCUCUCUUCCUCUCCUUCGGACUCCGAGCGAGCGGCCGCCGCUUCUCAGCCGGCGUCCCUGUUGCCGGCGCUGGACGCGGCGGCCGCUGAAGACGCGCGGGCGAUUGCGUUAGAGGAGGUGGAAGGUGAGGAUGCCUGCGGACGAGAGCCCGGCGAGAAGGAGAACGAUGACGACUGCAUUCUCGAGCGCGAGGACACAGACAAGACUCGGGGGCGAGGCUCUGCGGCGCUUCGUGAGGCGUGGAGCGCGAUCUUCAGAAGGUCUUCCAAGCAGGGAGACGGGGAAGCCCGAGACAAUCUGACGUCUCCCUCGGAGGAGCCCAAGCGGAGGCAGUCUUCGUCUGCCGUAAAGCGAGAGACAGGAAGGGAAAGACUUCACUCACGUGAGAAAGAGGGAGAGGCAAUCGCGCCUUCUGCGCCCGUGGAGGCGGAGGCUGAGGCCAAGCAAGAGCUGGAAAACAAGCCGACGCCUCGGGUUGAGCGUGGCGGCCGCGGAGGCAGGAGAGCGCGCGGUCGCCGGUCGACUGACGCGCUGGGGAUUCUUCCUGUCCCAGCGCAGAGAAAGGGAGAAGAACGCGGGAACACGCCAGUAGAAGACUCAGAGAGACGCGAAGAACCUGUGGAGGAGGCAGGACGGCGCCGCAGCAAACGCGUUUUAGAGUGCCAGCAGCGGCGGCCGCUCUCGGAUGCGGAGCCUGUGGCGGUCAGCGUCUCAGAAAGUGAAGAAGAAGAGCGGAAGGCAGGAAACUCAGAGGCGGAAGAAGCUGAGGAUGAGGCGAAGCAAAAACGGCGCUGCUCGGCUCGCUCCCUCUUGCCGGGGGCUUUUCCUUCCACUACGUCGGGCGUGAGAGGGAAGCGCGGGCGGCCGAAGAAACGCGCACGCGUGGAGGCAGUUCCGAAGCAGAAGGACGAGAAAUGGGACUUUUUCGCGAGCAAAGAGGAGCGAAGGCAGCGGCAAGAGGAAGAGGCGCGAAAGCGAAGACAGCAGGAAGCCGAGAGGAAGAAACAGGAAGAAGAAGAACGCCGACAGCGCGAGGCGUUCGAAGCCAUGAUGCAGAGGAGACGGGUGAUUCUGCAAGAGCAACAGAUGCAGAGAGAAAGAGAAGAUGAGCAACGUGUACGUCUACUCGUCGAGCGAAAUGCCGCCUGGCUCGCGAGCCUGAAGGCCUUCGAGGAGGCAGACGCCCUGGACGAACGGCCUCAGCAUCGCUUCCCCGAUAUUGCAGCGCCCAAGAGCCUCGAGACGCAUGGUGUACAGGCCGACGUCAGAGCGUCGCGCCUCGAAGAAGACCUUCUCCGGCAGAAGUCGGCAGCGAGACGCGUCGAGAGAUCGGACGCUGAGGGAGGAGAGGCGGAAGUGGCGCCGCGAGGAACGGAAAGGAAACGACGAAGGUGUGUAGCGUUCUCAGACGAGGAGGCGGACGAGAGGGUCGAACCUGUUGUGGCAACGGGAGAAGCACCGCGAAACGAAGAGGAGGAGGAAGCGGCGCAGAGAAGUGCUGAUGGCCGCAGAGAGGGCACAGCGGCCUCGCGCGAAGCGCCUUCUGUCGCUGCUGCCGCGGCGCAGGGAAAACGCUUCUCGCCAUCCUCUCUCAGAGCCGCGCACGCUCCUCCCCCGCAGCUCGCCGCCUGCGGAUGGGCGGAGGUGAGGGAGAAAUUUCUGCAGCUCUGCGGACUCGCAGGCUUCCGCGCGCGAGACGCCACCUUCUUCGUCGCGGACGGCCCCUUCACGUUCUACACGCGAAAAGGCAUCCUCAACCUCCUCCAGAAAGCAGGUGAAGUCUUGUAUGCGUGCGAGCGAUCAACGACGCUUCGCUGGCGCUAG